ACUAUCGUCACAUCCGCCGUGCGUACGUGCGGCUGCCAUAUUACACUUCCGUUCUUCAAGGGUAUCUGAGGCUGAAGUCACCAGGCGAAACAACAUGUACCGGUUUGCCAAAGCUGCAGUCAACGUUACCGGUCAGGCCGUGCGACAGGUUAGGCAUGGAUCUAACGUCCGGCAGGACUUCCACUCCAAGUACGGCAAUGGCCUGAUGAUCGGUGGAGCUCUAUUCUCCACGGCUGUGUGGGCAUAUGUGGUGACUCAGACUGGCAUCACCUGGAAUCUGUCACCAGUCGGAAAGGUCAUGCCCAAACCUUGGAGAGAGGCUGAGGAGGAGUAAAGUGCCGCCCGGACAGUCUCACCUAAUAAACCUUCUUGUUGUACAGAUGACUAAGGAAUAUCUGUGUUCAGACAGUUAAUGCCUGUGUUUGCCCAAAUAAAUUAAAUGUGAUUCUA